AUGGUGAACGAUUCCUUUAGUUCUUUUCGUGCUACGCAUGCCGGGCUUCUUUAUCCAUGGGAAACUGGUACUCUUGCAUGUAUUUUCAGCGAUGACAAUGUUGUGCCUGCUCUGGAGUGUCCACCUUUGAUUCAUUCUGCAGCGGAAGAACCCUCUGCUAGCGUUGGUGAGAGUCAGGGCCUUACUAGUUCAAAUCAGUUGGAUGUGGACUGCAAAUUCACCUUGGCUGUCAAAAACCUUCCUGAUCUUGAUUAUUUCCAGCAGAAGUCGCAAUCUCUGGAGUUGGCCUGCGGUCGAUGGAUGGAGUUGCUGUCGCUUUCUUGGGAUGCAUCAAGUGUUGGAGUUCAGUUAGCAUUAGAUUUGCAGACUGAUGCGCAUGGCAACUUAGCGUUGGAGUCAUUGCGUGCUUGCUUUGGCACCAAAUCACCAUCAACGCUCCUGAAGAGGGCAGGCACUUUCCGACAGUUUGUGAAGUGGUUCAAAACAACUGAACACUAUGAUGAUGGAUGUGGAUGUGCUUUUCCUUUGAUGGAGAAGGUGGUAUGGGAUUAUUUCCUAUGGCUUAGACGCGAGAGAGCAAUGUCAUCCAAGGGUUAUACGUCACCAUCCACAUUUCUUGAGACUGUGAGAUUUGCCAAGUUCACAGUAGGAUUAAAGGGUGCUGAUGAAAUCCUUCAGUCACGUCGGCUUUUAGGCUUUGCGGCCAUUGAGAAGGGCUUGAAAGGCCCUACACGACAAGCGCCUGGCUUAGAGCUAAGUCACCUUCAGCGGCUUCACAGUGUACUCAAGUCUGGCGAUAGCUUGGUUGACCGCUUGGGUGCAGCAGUUUUUCUGAUUUGCAUCUAUGGCCGUGCGCGUUGGUCAGACCUCAGAUUUGUGGAGUCGUUGAAUUUUGACCGCCACAGAAAUGGGUCACUUACCAUUUACACGAAGGAGCACAAAACCUCAAAUGUGGGCACAAGGCGUGAGCAGUUCCUUCCCAUCAUUGUGCCGUGGGAAGGGGUGACAAAUGAUUGGUGGUUGGACACCUAUGUUGAUGUGUGCGAGCAAUUAGGUUUUGACCUCAAACGGAAACCCUUUGGACCACUGAUGCCAGCUCCAAAACUGGGAGGCGGCUUUUGUGCCAGGCCCCUCACCACCAAUGAAGCUGCUGUGUGGCUAAGGAGUCUUCUUGCAGGUACACCACAAUCGGAGUCAUUCCGAUCCCAUUCCUUGAAGGCCACAUUACUUGGCUGGGCAGCCCGAGCAGGCCUAGACAAAGAGACCAGGGCGGUGCUAGGGCACCACUGCACAGCCCUAGCAGGGUCUGAGGUGGUCUACAGUCGGGACCUUCAGAUUAGAUCAAUCCGAAAGCUUUCAAUGAUGCUUCGCAGAGUCAGAGUGGGUCUUGAUUUGGAGGAGGACACCAUGAAGCAGUUUGGCCUUGCAGGGACACCAGCCAUGAUGACACCAGCAUUUUGCCCUACUACGCCUGUGCCACCUAGGCCUACCUUACCUCAGGAGACAGCGCAAGAGUCUACUGAGGAGUGCCCUGUGGGUGAUACAAACCACGGGGCAGUGGAAGGUGCGUUGGAAACCAUGCGAGGACUUGAGGACUUGCAGAGUUUGAAAGAGGAAUGCGUCGAUUUUGACGAUGUCGAAAUGAAUGCAGACCAGUUGAGCCUUUUUCCUCAAAGUCUUGCGGUGACAGGUGCAAUCGCAAUUGAGUCGUCCUCAGGUAGCAGCAGUUCGAGUUCAGAAUACUCGAGCUCAGAUGAGAGCAUCUCGGAUGCGAGGCUGAAGGGUGAUGUGCAUUUCACUGAGCGUGAUGCAAACGUUGAUGCAUUCAUCCAAGCAGCAACCCACCGCGCUUCCACAUUGAAUGAGGUGGCAAAUCUGAAACGCAUAGCUUUCGAGGCACAAACCUUCUUGGUGGCAACGCUUCGACAAAGUGUGGACCGCAAUGAGGACGUCCCCAAGAAGAUUGCACACGCAGAACGAACUUCCAGAAUGGAUCUACUCAAGCGGACUUUGGUGGGUGUUAACAUCCAAGGGGAACUGGAACCUGCUCAUUGCGUGCUGGACAAGUUCAGCCACAUGUUUGAGUUGAACUCGGUAAAAUACUAUGAGCCUGCCAGUUGCAUCAGCCGCUCAUUUGAAAUUGCAGGGGGCUCGAAAAACAAGGAGUUGACGCUCGAAAAGGGCGCCCUAGUUGUCAAGUCCUCUGAAGAUAAGCUGACCUCCGUCACCGACACGGAAAUAAAGUUACACUAUGCCCUUGUGAGAAGAGCUCUUGCCCUGCAGUUUGCACAACUGAUGAGUUAUGAUCAACAUUGUGCUUGGGAAACCUUUCUUUUUGAGAGUCUUCACCGAGAGCCACCACCUGGCUAUCACAAGCCAGGCCUGACACAGUUGAUACAGUGCGACCGAGCAGCAUGGCAGAGUUGGCACAACACUCGAAUCGAACAGGCUUUCAUGGUGGAGGUGUUUGCGGGAGCCCUCAAUAUCCCAUGUGAUGGUAAACACCAGCACCUUCCAUGGGGCUUUGCACUGAACGAUGAAGGCAACCAAGUUUGGGCGACUUCACUGGAGAGUCAAUAUCCUAGGAAGCUUUGCGUCACAGUUGUUUCCUUGGUGCUACAGUUUGCUGAGCAACGAGGCUUGAUUCUCAAAGCCUUUGACUUGCAGAGUGCUUCAGAAAAUCCGAUGCGAACAGCGCAGUUUUCUCGAAUUGCGGCAGGCGCCCCUGUUGUGGUACCCAAGUUUGCACGUUUUUUACGCUUGACUGCGCGGCCCUCACCUGUUUUGGGGGAGGACCAAGGGGUUAAGGGCCGCCCAUGCAAGAGUCAAUUUGGUUAUGAGGUAGCAUUUGGGCUCCCAUGGGACUAUGAAGGCUUCAUUCAAAAGGCAUGCGAGACUGGCCAUCCUGCAGCCAAGUACUCGUCAGUACCCUGGGAGCUGAGCAAAGCGAUUGAGCAGCAGUCUUUGUGGUCAGCAGAACAGCUAGCAAACUACAGGAUAGCGUGGUGCAGGAAAUGGUUGAAACGUUGCAAGGAGCUCGCAGCCGAUGAAGAAGUGGACAGGAAUUCCAACAGAUCUCCACAUGUUGCUGCUGCCACUGAAGGUAAAAGAAUUUUACUGACCCAAGAGAUCUUGAGUGACAUCGGAUACGAAGACAUGAGUGCGCUGGACCUUCUUCGUUCUGGGGCAACAUUAGCUGGUGAAGUCCCCAAGUGUCCGGUUUUUCCCAGACAGUUUAAGCCAUGUUUGCUUACGAUGGAGCAGCUUGUGGAGACUUCUCAGAAGCGCAAUCAAAUGAUUUUGAACAUGACAGUGACUUCGGGAUCUCCGGAGUUGGACGUUAAAAUUUUGGAAGAGACAAAAGAGGAGCUGCUAAAGGGCUGGAUUGAAGGACCCUUCGACGUGGAUGCUUUGGAACCACACGCAUGUAUUUCAAGAAGGUUUGGUUUGGUCCAAGGCUCCAAAACAAGGAUGAUAGACGACUUUAGCAUAAGCGGCAUCAACGACACUUGCGUGAUCCAUAAUAAGAUUGACCUGCAUAUGAUCGACACCUUCGCUGGAGCUAUUCGUAUGUAUUUUCAAACAAGGAGCUCGUACAAUUUGGACACCUGCCUGGAGGCAAAAACAUACGAUCUGAAAGCGGCCUACCGUCAGGUCCCCAUCAAAGAGGAGCACCUCAAGUUUGCUUAUUUCAGUGUGUACAACUGCGAGCUCAGACGUGUUGAAGUGUAUAGGUUAAAAACACUCCCCUUCGGGGCAACCCACAGUGUCUACUACUUUUUGCGGCUGUCGCGGAUGCUGUAUGCUAUAGCCACUCGAGCACUAUACCUGUUGACAACAAAUUUUUAUGACGACUUCCUGUUAGCCUCUGCCCCGGAACUGAAGGAGAGCAGCAGCAGCAGUAUGGAACUACUUUUUAUGUUGACAGGCUGGCAGUACGACAGAGCUGGAAAGAAGGCUACUGAGUUUUCGACACUGUGCAAAGCUUUGGGCGUAUGUUUCGACCUUUCAGCAUGCAAAGAUCAAGUCCUGAAGAUUGACAACACGGCUGCGCGGAAGGAAGAACUUGUCGAACAGCUACAACUUUGUAUCUGUAAGGGCUCACUUGGCAAACAAGAGACGUUGGUUUUGCGUGGUCGUCUCGGCUUCGCGGACAGCUUCAUUCAUGGCAGGCUGGGUUCUGUAACGCUGAAACAACUCUCAGAACAUGCGUAUGGGCACACUGCAAAGCUUGAUGCGGAGCUGAAGCUGUCCUUGGAGGUCAUGUCCCAGAGGCUACGUGCUGAUGAGCCUAGGUUGGUAACUGCUGGCGUUGAUCGACAAAUGUUUAUUUUUACUGACGCAGCUUACGAACCCGAAACAAAAACUGGAGGUCUGGGUGCCGUGAUUUGCGACGAACAUGCUUCAGUCGUGGGAUGGUUUGGCAUACAACUUGACACUGAGCAGUGUGUAGCGUUUGGGGCUAAUCUGAAAGACUCCAUAAUCUAUGAGCUUGAACUUUUAGCCGCCGUUAUUGCAUUGGCUGCUUGGUGCAAAAACGGGUUUGGAUAUCUUCACACUUGGUUUGGCGACAACGACAGCGUACGUUUUGCACUCAUACGUGGUACUGCCGACGGUCACAUUGCCCAAUCAUUGCUUUCCUUUUACAUGAAGCGAGAAGUUUUGCAAUCCGCAAUGGUUUGGUUUGCGCGAGUUCCCACUGAAGCCAAUAUUAGCGAUUUCCCUUCACGUAGACAAGAACAUCCUUUGUUGAGCGCUGAAUUGAACCGAAACGAUCUUGCACUGCCCAUACUCCAAGCCAUCCUGAAUGAGUUGAAAGCAGUGGGCCGCCAAUGUCAUUUGGGGGAAGCAUGA